AGCAAAAAUAACAAUAAAUGUAUUUCGGAACCCUGAUUUCGGCAGGUUGAGUACAUUUGAACUUUAACAAACGAGUGUUGAUGACUCUAAGCAACAGAGAUGUGCAGUUGAUAUUUCAGAAAUCAAAAUAUGUAAAAGUUGAACAUGACAUUAUUUCCAUAAAUGGUAUUCUGUGUUAGAGUGUUUACCUGUUUACAGUGUGAUUAACAAAAACAUUGAGAAAGGUGUAAUAUUUAUUAAUAGAUAACUUAUAUAUAUAAUAAUAUAUAUAUAUAAAUAUAUGACGAGGCCAGGUAUAAUAUUUUCCAGAGUCGCAAUUACUUCAUCUGACAAAAAGAACUCAUUAAUAGAUAGCAAUGGCAGAGUAUGAUCCACAGUUAUUUGGUGAAAUUAGAAGCCUACUGUUUCAGUCACAAAAUAGACAUUUAGAGGAUAAGGCCCCUAAUGGAGCCCAGCCAACUUUCUAUAUGUUUGUUUUACCUGGUGGACCUAAAGACCAUUAUAAUCAGGUCUAUCCUGGUAUCAUCAUUGGAGACAAAGAGAUUGCCUCAGACAUAGAAAAAUUACAGAAAGAAAAUAUAACACAUGUGUUGAACUGUGCUCAAGGGACAAAAUUUAACCAGAUAAACACUUCUUCUGGUUACUUUAAGAAUGCAGGGAUACAGUACUAUGGAAUAAAAGCUAAUGACAUAUCAACAUUUAAAAUGGCUCCAGAAUUUGAUAAGGCAGCUGAAUUUCUAGACAAAGCUCUAAAAGAUCAAGGCAAUAAAGUGUAUGUACACUGUCACCAAGGAAUCAGUAGAUCAGCUACCAUUGUUCUGGCCUUUCUGAUGUUAAAACGUGGUAUGACUUUAGUUGAUGCCUUAAAGACAGUACGUGAUAAUAGAGCUGUUCAUCCUAAUGAUGGAUUUGUCAAACAACUUUGUAUUCUCAACCGACAGUUGUAUGAAAAACAGGAGUGACUCAUUUGCAUCAUUUGUUUAAAGAGGAUGAAUAGAGAAUUAUAACACAUAUUUCUAUAGAUUUUUAUAGCAAUAACAACUUUUGAACUUUCUUUAAUGCUGCACAUGAUUGGUUGUGGUGUCUUCAAGUUAUGUGAUAUUGUUUAGUCUCUAUCCGGUUUUACUGAUGGGGCUAGGUUUUAAACUUGUCCUGCAAGUAGUAAAACCUCUGGGUUGAAUGCUCUUGAAUUACUACAUUUUUAUACGACCGCAAAAUUUGAAAAUUUUCGUCGUAUAUUGCUAUCACUUUGUCGUCUGCGUCGUCGUCAUCGUCGUCCAAAUACUUUUAGUUUUCGCACUCUAACUUUAGUAAAAGUUAAUAGAAAUCUAUGAAAUUUUAACACAAGGUUUAUGACCACAAAAGGAAGGCUGGGAUUGAUUUUGGGAGUUUUGGUCCCAACGGUUUGGGAAUAAGGGGCCCAAAGGGUCCAAACCUAAACUUUGUUUGAUUUCUUCAAAAAUUGAAUAAUUGGGGUUCUUUGAUAUGCUGAAUCUAACUGUGUAUGUAGAUUUUUUAUUUUUGGUCCCGUUUUCAAAUUGGUCUACAUUAAGGUCCAAAGGGUCCAAAAUUAAACUAAGUUUGAUUUUAACAAAAAUUGAAUCAUUGGGGUUCUUUGAUAUGCUGAAUCAAAAAAUGUACUUAGAUUUUUUAUUAUUGGCCCAGUUUUCAAGUUGGUCCAGAUCGGGGUCCAAAAUUAAACUUUGUUUGAUUUCAUCAAAAAUUGAAUAAUUGAGGUUCUUUGAUAUGCCAAAUCUAACUGUGUUAGUAGAUUCUUAAUUUUUGGUCCCAUUUUCAAAUUGGUCUUCAUAAGGUCCAAAGGGUCCAAAAUUAAACUAAGUUUGAUUUAAACAAAAAUUGAAUUCUUGGGCUUCUUUGAUAUGCUGAAUCUAAAAAUGUACUUAGAUAUUUGAUUAUGGGCAAAGUUUUCAAGUUGGUCCAAAUCAGGAUUCAAAAUUAUUAUAUUAAGUAUUGUGCAAUAGCAAGAAAUUUUCAAUUGCACAGUAUUCAGCAAUAGCAAGAAAUCUUCAAUUGUAC